CUUGAGUCGAUCAAUUACUCUUACCACCGUUCAGUUCAGGAGACGAUGAAAAUGGCCACCCUUUCGCUGGACGAAGAAGUUCGACUAUUUACGAACAAUGCUGAACGAGAGAAGUACAAUCUUCUUGGUACCUUGUAUGGGAUCAUUGUCGCACUUGACUACCUCGAGCGCGCCUAUGUUCGUGAUGCAAUUACCGCAGCACAAUACUCUCCUGCAUGCACGCGACUUAUCUCGCAGUACAUGACCAUGCUCAAGCUUGUCAAGGACUCCGUUCCUUCCAUCGAGCAGUUCAUGACACGGUAUCGGAUGGAUAACCCUGCGGCGUUACAUCGCAUACGAGUUGGCGUACCUGCGACUGUUGAACAUUCUAGCGAGGCGGGACCUGAGACUGGAAAGUGGAUCGCUGAGACGACGCAGAAUUUCAUCACAUUCAUGGAUGCGUUGAAGCUUAGGCUACGCGCCAAGGAUCAACUCCACCCGAUCUUGCAAGAACUUGUCACAGGGUAUGCUAGGUUUAAGGGGAGCAAGGAUUGGGAGGGACGGAGCAAAAUGGUCAGCUGGCUUAUUACCUUGAACAGCAUGAAGGCAUCCGAAGAAAUAACAGAUGAACAGUGCCGGCAGCUUACGUUUGAUGUCGAACAUGCAUAUGCCGAAUUUUUCAGAAGUCUGAGCGGCGGUAAGGAGAGGUCGUAACGAAGAUGGUUAUACAGCCUUCGAUCAUUUCAUAUCCAGGCGGCUCCGCUUUGGUUUACAAAUAUGGGCAAUCAAAGAUGUGCAGUCGCAGAGCCUUUGAGGACCAGGCACACUGCGUGUGUUGUCGUGGGCAGAGCGGCUUCAGUGAGUGAUGCAGCAAGUGCUGUCCACUAUGACGUAUAUAAACAAAUCACGCCAAUCAUCAAUCGGUUGCUGUGCCGCUGUGCAUGGAUCUGUCUUGCGUGUUCCGCCA